AUGGCCGAUGACGGUCACGCCAAUGCCGAACCCCCCGCUGCCUCUGUACACCCAGCUGGCGGCCACGGCCACAACCUGCGCGAGAGCCUGCGCGAGACGCUGCCGAUUAACGUUGCCUUGAACAAACCCAACGGCCACAAUGUCACCGCGAGUCAUGUGAUGGAUGAGAUUGCGUCCCCGACAUCGCCCCGCCUCUUCGCAGCGAACCCUUUCAGCCGCAAGAACACGAGCCUGGACAUCGACGACUACUUUACCGGCCCUCGGGAUACCCAGAAACACUCGAAAUGGCCAAUAUUCCUCCGCAUGCACGGCAGCAUCCUGCCCAAGCUGAUCUUGCCACUGGCUGCGGUUGCCGCGUGGACCACGUUAUUCACCUGUAUCAGCAAGCUCGUGACGCCGCUCAUCGUUGAUAGCGUCCUGCUCACCGUGCUCGGUUUCGUUGUUGGUCUGGGCCUGUCCUUCCGCAGCUCUACGGCGUACGAGCGCUACGCCGAGGGCCGCCGGUACUGGGCGCAGCUGAUCCUCGCGAGCCAAAAUCUGGGCCGCGUCUUCUGGUUGCACGCCGGCGAGCGGAAGGACGUGCCCGAGGAGAAAAGGGCCGAGGCAAGGAAGCGAGAGCUGCUUGAGAAGCUGACGGCCUUGAACCUCAUCGUCGCCUUUGCCGUCGCCCUGAAGCACAGGCUGCGGUUCGAGCCCUACACGUGCUAUGAGGACAUCUCGAGCCUUGUCAGCCACCUCGACACGUACGCCCAGUCGGCCACGCGGGACGAUCAAGAGAACGCGCAGCGCACUCUCCGAAAGAGCGGGCGAGUAAAGAGCGUGGCCGAGUACCUGGGCAUCUCGUUCGCCGAGAGCAACCCGCGCAAGGCCGUGAAAAAGGCGGGCCGGCCCCUCGGGAACCUGCCGCUCGAGAUCCUCUCGUAUCUGGCCAGCUACACCGACGAGCUUGCUCUUUCCGGCCGGCUGCCGGUCCCCAUGCAGCAGACGCUGGCAUACAACAACAUCGCGGCGCUCAACGACGUCCUGGCCGGCACGGAGCGCGUGCUCAACACGCCGCUCCCGAUUGCCUACUCGAUUGCCAUCGCGCAGAUCACGUGGGUCUAUGUUCUUGUCCUGCCCUUCCAGAUGUUGCAGAAACUGGACUGGAUGACGAUCCCCGCCACCGUGGUUGCCGCCUACAUCAUCCUGGGCAUCCUGUUCAUCGGCCGCGAGAUCGAGAACCCGUUUGGCAACGACGUCAAUGACCUCCCGCUGGAGGCAUACUGCGCCCAGAUUGCCGCCGAGAUGGACGUCAUUGCGAGUCGCCCCAAGCCCCAAAGCCGCGACUGGAUAGAGUCGGUCGACAACCGUGUCCUGUGGCCUCUUUCAAGCUCAGGCUGGCCCAUGUGGAUGACCCGACCCGAAGAAAAGAUCCAGGAGGCCGUCAGGCACAAGGUCGAAGCAACGUUUGCGAGCCAGAAGAAAAAGGAGGCUGCCGCCGAGGGGCGGCCUGUUUCCGAGGCCGGACGGCAUCUAAAGGAAGCUACUAUUGACGGUGUUGUUUGA